GAUCUCAAUUCAUUUAAUUAAAUAUGGCAACAUUUUGAAGAAGCGCUAAUGAUAAGAAUAUUGUACCAUUCUUAUCACUUAUCACAAUAAAUGAUUGUUCGAGAUUUCAACUCACUUGUUAAUGGGUAUAUUUAUAGAAUAGAUCAUUUUAUCAUUCGUCAGUAGAGGUUUGCCUUACUAGUGCAAUUCAAGUGCCUUAUUGUGCAAAACUUAAGAGAAAAUCAUAAGUUUUUAACUGUUCAAAAGUAAACUUACAAGGUGACGAAAUUUCGGAACAAGUUAGAGCAACCAAAAGACAGAAGAUGUGUUCAGUACCAGAAGAUGUGAAAUGUAUUGUUGAAACAAAAGAUGGCCCUAUAUGUGGUUAUAUUGAUAAAAACGAUGAAGGAACUUAUUAUAAAUUUAGUAGUAUCCCAUAUGCUAAACCACCCCUUGGUCGCUUGAGAUUUAUGCCUCCGUCUCCCAUCGAACCAUGGCAAGAACUACGAGAUUGUACUACAAAACAACCCCUUCAGCUAUGCUGUGUCUUAAAUCGAAGUAUAGAAGGUUCAGAAGAUUGCCUCUAUAUUGAAAUCUCAACUCCUAGUAUACAGCCUGAAACACCUAUGCCAGUUAUGUUUUGGAUUGGAAGUUUUGGAUUUACAGGCACUAUGGAUCAACUAUUUGAUGCUUCCCUAAUCAAUAAUGAAAACGUCGUAUUUGUAAGGUGCGGCUUCCGAUUAGGGCCAUUUGGCUUCCUUUCUAUCAAUGACUUUACAGCACCAGGUAAUUGUGGGUUAAAGGAUAUAGUCAUGGCUUUAAAAUGGGUGCAAAGAAAUAUAUCUGUAUUUGGAGGUGAUCCAGACAACGUCACCAUUUUUGGAAGUUCUUCAGGAGGAGCAAUGGUCCAUCUCAUGAUGUUAUCCCCAAUGGCUACUGGUCUUUUCCACAGAGCAAUUAUACAAAGCGCAAGUGCACUGAACAAUUGGUCUUUAGCCAAGAACCCCUCCCUAGCUGUCAUAGAACUAGCAAAUGAAUUGAACAUCCAGAAAACGACUAAAGUAGAAAUUAUUGAAGAGCUACGGACUUUACCUGCGUUAGAUAUAAUGCAAGCAUUUCAUAACAUGGCACUAAGAACACAAAAGGCUGCCAAUCAUGAUAUCAUUGACGCAAUCUUCAAACCGUGUAUCGAAGUUGACUUCGAAGGUCAACCUGCAUUUCUUACGAAAAGCCCUCUUCUAAUUCUGAAAUCUGGAAACUUCAACAAAGUGCCUUUAAUCAUUGGUAGUAAUAAUAUUGAAGCUGCAUUAUUGGAAUUCAUUAAAAAAGAUUUUUAUUCUGAUUAUGAGAAAUUUAACGAGAAUACUAGUCUUAUUGUUCCUAGAUCGAUCGCCAGAGAAGACAAAGUAACAAAAAGUAUUGGUCAACAAUUACUUAAGUUCUAUUUGGGUGGUGAAGAACACCUAACGGCAGAGACUAGAACACAGUACUUACAAUUAAUAAGUGAUUACUAUUUCUUAUAUUAUGUCAAUAGAACUGUAAGAAUGCAUAGUCAGUCGGCACCGGAAUCCCCAGUGUACUAUUAUAUUGUCAACUAUGCUGGCGAGUGGUCAGUACCCACAGACAUCAAUUUUUUGAACUCUCCAGGGCAUUGUGCUGAGCUUCCUUUUAUAUUCCGUAUUAAAGUGCCAGAAAUUUGCAAGGGUAGUCGAGAUUCGGUGAUCACACGAAGCAGAGUAAUCAAAUUGUGGACAAAUUUCGCCAAAACAGGCAAUCCAACACCUGAUGAAGAUGACCCACUUUUACAAAUAACUUGGGAUCCCGUUGAAAAUAUGGAUAAAUUAAACUACUUGAGCAUAGGAUCAGAACUUACUAAAGGCAGAAAUCCAUUUUAUGAGAGAAUGAAGUUUUGGGACUCUCUUCAUCAAGAACAUGCGUUUCUUAGAACACUCGUUUAUUUUAAUGAUAUAGGCAUUUCAUGGUAGACAAUACAACUACAAUUUGUAGCUAUAUUUAGACUCAUUCAAACCUCCAUAAUAUAAGAAAAAUUAUAUUAUUUGGCCUUCGGUCUUAUUGUAACUGUAGGUUAUAUUUUUGUAAGUAAUUUUACACUUUACUUAUACAAAUAAAUAUUUUAGUUGUUUUAUUGUUUGACAAAAGUUACUCUUUUUAUACCAAAGCGAAAUUCCCAUAUCUUUUAAUACACAACUUAGCUUCCUCUUGAGUUGGAUAAGAACCACAAAAGAAAGGAACUUAGGAUUGAAAAUUAAAUGACAUGUUUGUUGGUACCAAUGUGUAAUAUAGCAUGAAAUGAUACUUUCACAUAACAAUAUACAAGUUUAAUUAUUUUAGUAACAAAAGCAUCAAGGCCAACAAAUACAAUACAUACUACAAAAUAAAUGAACUAGAU